AUGAAGUUUUUCGCAGUACUGAUCUUCUGCUUGGCAGCUGCCACCGCCAUCCCUAUUGAGGAAGAUGUGCGCGGACGUGAGCACAUUCCCAAUGAGGAAAUCGGAGAGGAACAUAUGCCCAACGAGGAAGUAGGCGAAGAGCAUAUUCCCAGCGAGGAGGAAGGUCUUCCGGAGAACUGGCAGCUGGUCCCGGACGGUGAUGGUCGCCUGCAUCUCGUCAACACUGACCCCUUCAACCUGGGAAGCCAGGAUGUUCCGGAGCCUCUUUUCAACGCCGACACCGACACGGUCUUCUUGCUGUUCACCCGUAACAACCGCAACAGUGGACAUCGCAUUACCCCUGGCAAUGCUGGAACCCUUGGACCGCACUGGAACGGUGGCCGCCAGACCCGCUUCAUCAUCCACGGAUGGAACAACAAUGAAGGUUCGGAGGUGAACGUUGCCAUUCGCAACGCCUACCUGGAUCGUGCUGAUCUCAACGUGAUCGUGGUGGGCUGGGGUGGUGGUGCUCAGAACCCGAACUACGUUACGUCCCGUAAUCACAUCAAUGCUGUCGGAGCUGCCGUCGCCCGUUUCAUCGACUUCCUUAACCAGAGCGGAGGCUUGGCUUUCAACAAUGUCUACGUCACUGGACACAGUCUCGGAGGCCACACUGCCGGUAUUGUCGGCAAGCGUGUGACUCGUGGACGCCUGAACUCGGUCAUCGCCCUGGAUCCGGCGCUGCCGCUGUUCUCCAUCAACGAUCCGGGCAACCGUGUCGCUUCGGGAGAUGCCAACUACGUGGAGGUCAUCCACACCAACGGUGGUCUGCUCGGUUUCGAUCUGCCAAUCGGUCAGGCUGAUUUCUACCCCAACGGAGGCCGUAGUCAGCCCGGAUGUGGUGUCGAUCUGGCUGGUACCUGUGCGCAUAGCCGUGCUCAUCAGUUCUUCGCGGAGUCCGUUCGCCCAGCUCAGAGUGGAUUCAACUCGGUCCGUUGUGCUAACUACGACCAGAUUCUGAACAACAACUGUGUGUCCUCUGGUGCUAAUGCUCGUAUGGGUGGAGAGCCUUCCAACAUUGGCCGUGGUGUCAAUGGUGUGUACCACCUUACGACCAAUGCCAACGCUCCGUUUGCGCGAGGCUAA